AUGGGAGUGCGUUUAGGUGAAAUGAUUCUGGUAGCAUUUAUUAUUGGAAUUCCACUAGCGGCAUCACAAGGUUUGGUUUUGGAACGAUGCUCCUGGAUGACCGCCAUACCCAGAGAAUCUAUGCCCCACUUGCCCGAACAGAAUUUUGAUGGUUUAACAUGGAGUCAAAGGCCCUUCCUGCCAGCGCCCACGAGAGAGGACGUUUGCAUGGACCAGUACCUGGCAGAUGCCGCAACACAGAUCAUCCUCAUGGAUGAAGAGAUUCAGGGGGACGUUGCCAUUGCGAAACUCAACUAUAACGGCGCCAGCGCCCCGAACAUCGAGCGUAUGGUGUCGGGCUCCUUCACUAUGCUGGGGCCGGAGUUCCGCAGACAGGACGACGAGUGGUUCCUCUACAUCACCCAGACCCAGGACUACGAGACGCCCGGCAUGCAGCUGUACAUGGUGGUGGUGCGCGUGCCCGGCGAGACGCUGGCGGCGACGGUGACGCUGCAGAUCGUCAACAUCGACGACAACGCGCCCGUCAUACAACUGCUGGACUCCUGCGUUAUACCCGAAUUAGGCAGCCUCGGCCUCACCCACUGCCAGUACCAAGUGAGCGACGCCGACGGCCGCAUCAGCACCAGCAACAUGACCUUCAGCAUCGACAGCGACCGCAACGACGACGAGAUCUUCUACAUCCAGGGCGACAACAUCGCCAACGAGUGGAUGAGGAUGACCAUGACCCUCGGCCUCAAACGAUCCCUGGACUUCACUGUCAAUGUGCUGCAUAUCUUCAGGGUUACCGCAUUUGAUUCACUCCCGAACAACCACACAGUGACCCUGAUGGUGCAAGUGCAAAACGUGGACCACCGGCCGCCGCGCUGGGUGGAGAUCUUCGCCGUGGAGCAGUUCGACGAGAAGACUGCGAGGAACUUCACCGUGCGCGCCAUCGACGCCGACACCGGCAUCAACGGGGACAUCUACUACAGACUCGAGGCUGAUGAAGAAGACAAAGAAUUCUUCGCAAUCGAUACUAUACCAGGCGGCCAAAACGGCGCCAUAUUCCAAGUAGCUGCCAUCGACAGAGACAAGCUAGAGCGGCAAAUAUUCCCCGUCACUCUGAUAGCCUACAAAGCCAACAACGAGAGCAACACCACGCCCAUCGACGUGGUCAUCAUCAUCAACGACGUGAACGACCAAGCGCCCUUGCCUUUCUACGAAGAGUACACCAUCAGUAUACCUGAAGAAAUUCCCCAGACGUUGAACUUUGAUCAAGAGUUUGGAUUUCAUGAUAGGGAUACGGGUGAAAACGCUCGGUACAGCGUCCGCCUCGAGAGCGUGCACCCUCCUGGUGCAGCCAGCGCCUUCGUCAUCCAGCCCGAGGUGGGCUACCAGCGCCAGACCUUCUUCAUGACCACCGCUAACCACAGCAUGCUGGACUAUGAGGACGAAGAAUACCGAUACGGGAUUGAGCUACAGGUGAUCGCCACAGAUUUGGGCAACGCGACACUGGUCGGAGUGGCCACCGUGUACAUCAAUCUAAUCAACUGGAACGACGAGCUGCCGAUAUUCGAAGCCAGCACCUACAGCGUGACCUUCGACGAGACCGUGGGGGAAGGCUUCCACGUGGCCACCGUCAGAGCUGACGACAGAGACGUCGACGAUAGUGUGGUCCAUACACUAAUGGGCAACGCGCAGCAGUACUUGAGGAUCAACGAAAGUACCGGAGACAUCUACGUGUCUAUGGACGAAGCUUUCGAUUACCACAGACAAAGCGAACUGCUGGUCCAGGUCCGAGCACACGACACGCUGGGCAUACCCAGCAGCAUCACCGGCACGCCGGUAGUCAACACGGACACGGCGCAGCUCGUCAUACAACUGAAUGACAUCAACAACACGCCGCCCAGCCUCCGACUGCCACGAGGAAGCCCGCAAGUGGAAGAAAACGUACCAAAGGGAUACAUAGUGACGCGGGAUCCUCUGGUGAUCACUGCGACAGAUCCUGACACCACUGCUGACCUCAGCUUUGAAAUCGUGUGGGAAUCCUCGUACGCGACCAAGCAGGGAAGGGAAACCCCUGCGUCAGAAUAUGUGGGCUGUUUGGAAAUUCAGACAUCGUAUCCUAACGGAGACGACCGGCGCGGCUCCGCUGUCGGAGUCUUGGUGGUGCAGGAGAUCAAGACAAACGUUACAAUCGACUUCGAGGAGUUCGAAGUGCUGUAUGUCACCAUCAAAGUGGUGGACCAUAACACCGUCCUCGGAACUGAUUACGAUGAACUGACGUUCACAAUAACCAUCAUCGACAUGAACGACAACGCCCCCGAGUGGGCCGCCAACACCCUGACGCAGGCGCUGCGGGUGCGCGAGAACUCCGCCGCCAACACCAUCGUCGGCUCCGUGCAAGCCACGGACAUCGAUGGGCCGCUGUACAAUCAAGUGCGGUACACUAUACUCCCGAGAGAAGACACUCCUGAAGGCUUACUUCGGAUCGACACCGUCACCGGUCAGAUCGAGGUGGACAAAGGUGCAGCGAUAGACGCCGACACGCCGCCGCGCGACCAUCUCUACUACACCAUCGUAGCCAGCGACAAGUGCUCGGAGGUCGACCCGGAUGAUUGUCCCCCGGACGACCAUUACUUUAAUACUGAGGGAAAUAUCACAAUCCAAAUAAUCGAUACGAACAACAAAAGCCCAAAGGCGCUGACGGAUUUGUUCAACGUGACGGUGUACCUACCUGAGGACGCAGUGCAAGGAGACGAGGUGGUGGUAGUCGUGUCCGAGGAUCUGGACCGGGAUGAGAUCUACCACACGGUCAGUUACCAAAUCAACUACGGAGUGAGUCCGCGGCUCCGGAACUUUUUCUCCGUGGAUCUGGCCACGGGGCGCAUCUUCGUGGACUACUCCGCCGAAAUGGGCGAGGUGCUGGACCGAGAUGGAGACGAGCCGGAACACCUCAUAUUCCUCAAUCUCAUUGAUAACUUCUACUCUGAAGGAGAUGGCAACAGAAAUCAGAACACCACACAAGUGCUGGUGGUGUUGCUUGAUGUCAACGACAACGCUCCGGAGCUGCCGACCAGGAACCGGCUCUCGUGGUCCGUCUCCGAGAAUUUGAGCAAAGGCAGCAGAUUGAGUCCGUACAUCUUCGCCCCGGACCGCGACCAGCCGGACACGGACAACUCGCGCGUGGGCUAUGCGGUCGCCAACCUCACACUGCUCACUCAGCGAGACAUCCACGUGCCCGUGCUGUUCACCGCCGUAGACGUGUACACCACCAACAGGUUCAAUGUCAGUGGCGAAUUGGAAACUCUCUACGAUUUGAAAGGCUACUGGGGAACGUACGAUAUUGGCAUUCACGCCUUCGACCAUGGAGACCCGCAGCUGCAGUCAUCGGAGAUCUACCAGCUCGUCAUCACGCCGUACAACUUCCACGCGCCCGUGUUUGUGUUCCCCAAGAGUGAUUCGGUCGUUCGCUUUGCCAGGGAGCGGGCAAUGGUGAACGCACGGCUCGGCCUCGUCUCCGGGGAGUUCCUGGACACUAUCCAGGCAACCGAUGAAGACGGCCUGGAAGCUGGACAAGUCACCUUCGAUAUCUCUGGCGAUGAUGAGGCGUCGCAGUAUUUCCAAGUGUUAGCAAGCGGUGACAACCAAGGUAUUCUGAUGCUGCAAAAAAUGUUCACCGAAGACGUCAAAGAGUUUCAGGUGGUCAUUCGUGCUAUGGACGGCGGUACUGACCCCUACCCUCGCUCCACGGUCGUGACCUUGCGAGCAGUGUUCGUGCCAACGCAGGGAGAACCCACUUUCAGCAACAACAUGUUCGAUGUGGCCUUCGUAGAACAGGAAGAGGGUCUAUCAGAGCGACACGAACUGCCGCACGCCGUUGAUCUAAAAAAUUAUCUGUGUGAAGAAGAUUGCCACAGUGUUUACUACAGCAUUAUUGAUGGCAAUGAGGAAGGAUACUUUGCGUUGGAUGAAGCCACGAACGUUCUCACACUUGCAAAAGAGCUCAACCGGAGCCAAGGAGAGACGCGCACGCUACGGGUGGCAGUGAGCAACUCACGCGACGUCACUGCUCCACUGCCGAGCUCCAUCCUCACUGUCACCGUCACUGUACGGGAGGCCCACCCGCGCCCCAUUUUCGCCAGAAGCCUGUACACCGCCGGAAUAUCGACCCUCGAUAGUGUCAGCAGAGAACUACUGACAGUACAGGCGGUGCACUCUGAAGGGUUACCGAUAUUGUACGAGAUGGACGAGUCGUCCAUGGUGACAGACGACAGCCUGGCCAACGUGCGCGAGUCGGCCUUCCUCCUCAACAACGUGUCGGGCGUGCUCACCCUCAACAUGCAGCCCACGGCCAGCAUGCACGGCAUGUUCCAGUUUGACGUCAUCGCUAAAGACCCCAAUGAAGCUAAUGACACCGCAGCGGUGAAGAUUUACCUCAUAUCAUCCCAAAACAGAGUGUACUUCCUGUUUGUUAAUGCUCUGACAGAAGUGGAGUCACGUACAGCCUUUAUAGCGCAGACCUUCAGCGCAGGCUUCAACAUGCAGUGCAACAUCGACCAAGUGGUGCCCGCCACCGACUCCACGUCCGGCGCCACUAUCGAUGGAGUCAUAGAAGUGCGAGCGCACUUCAUACGCGACAACUUGCCCGUGUCCGCACAAGUCAUUGAAGACCUCCGCACCGACAGCCAGCUGCUGCGCUCCAUCCAGACGACGCUGAACACGGAGCUGCUGGUGCUGCGCGACUUCGUGACGGGCACCAGCCCCGACCUCAGCGCGGACCAGGGUCGCGUCGUGGUGUACGUGCUGGCCGGGCUCUCCGCACUGCUGGGCGCGCUGUGCCUUGUGCUGCUGGCCACGUUCAUCAUCAGGACCAGAGUGCUGAAUCGUCGUUUGGAAGCGCUGUCCAUCCCGAAGUACGGGUCGCAGGAGUCUGGGCUGAACCGGCUGGGGCUGGCGGCGCCGGGCACCAACAAGCACACGGCCGAGGGGUCCAACCCUAUAUGGAAUGAGACCAUCAACGCGCCGGACUUUGAUGCUAUGAGCAACGCGUCGGAUGACUCCGAUCUGAUCGGCAUCGAGGACUUGCCGCAGUUCAGGAGGGACUACUUCCCUCCGGAGGAUGGGGACUCGUUGACGGCAGUGACAGAGCCGGUGGCCACACACGGCAACAACUUCGGGUUCAACCCCACUCCGUUUAGCCCACAGUUUGCCAAUCGGCAAGCUAGGUUAUAGCCAAUGCGUAUUAUUGUGUAACUAGUAGUUGCGAUUGUAAAUAUUGUUAAAGUUAUUAUUAUAUUACAAAGUAUUUAUUUAUUA